AUGAUCCGGGUUUUUCCCCGAAUACCGGGUUAUCGGGCAUGCGGGGGCCACGUCUUGCUGUCUAAGUAUUACCACAACGUGCCGAAGAUCGCGAGAAUGGCUUUGGACCAGCGCACUGGUGCGGAGGACGGGCUGCCAGACAGUGCUCUGAACCCAGCCGACUACAGCUCUGUGGUAAGAACGAUCCCUGAGAACACGCCGGAGACAAAAGUGCUGUACACGCUGUCGGCACGCUAUUUCCCGCUGAACCUGAAAGCGUCCAUUUUUGACACGCUCAAGGCCCGGUCCGUUCCAGCGAAGAACGUGCUUUUCGUGAUCACGUUUGCAGACCAGGUUUUGGACAGGCCCUUAGAGCGGGACGCCGACUUGCAGACCUUGCGCGAAAGUUACUGGCGCGAGCUGAACGGCUACCUGUCGCUGUACAGCUCGCAAACAGUAGACAGGGAAAAUGUCAUGGUGACGAGCACAAAGUAUCCACGGUCGGUGACCAAACUGUUUGAGAGACUCAUCCAGCCAGAACACAACAGGACUUACUACGUGAUUGGCCAGACAAAUACGGGCAAGAGCUCUCUGGUGCAGCGACUCAUCGUUGAAAGCAAUGACUACGAGGCUGUGCCCGUGGUGCCCAAGGUUUCUGCGAAGCCAUCUCCGGCAGAGCGUAUUGUCCUGGGGUGCUACCAACUCCAUUCGGACCCGGGUACAUACGUUCAGAGACACAGAGCAGGUGGUGGGGCUGGGCCCGUGCGUGGGUAUACACUCGCCCGACUACAGGGGACCGCUAGCGCUGAGACAGUAUUUCUGGGGGCCUGUGAAAAUGUUCAGGGACGUGGCAGAGUGGCAAGCUUGGCUAGCGGAGCACCGGUACGUUAG